CCCAACCUUAACUGCAAGCUUCCCUCGGCCAACUCAUUCGUUUCACCUCCACCAACCACCAUCCCUCUCGCUCCAAGACCACGACGAAAACAAAAGAACGCAACCAGUCUUGAAUAUGCCUACCUGGAUCACUAGCCUCAUCAUAUCAUCAAUCACCUUCACUGGCUCGGUCAUCGCCCAGGCCGGUACUAAUGCCACUACCCAACUUCCCUCCAACCUUGCCAACUUACCCGGAUUCGACUCGACCAAUAAUCUGACCACCGCAUCUAACCAUUCCUUGGCUGGAUAUAAUACCACCGACAGCAACACCACCACCACUCACUCCAACCCGGGCGCGAACCUCCGGAUCCCGACGACGAUCUCUCAAAGCUGUCAAGACUUCCUCGGCCACCUGAAUUCGAACCCGAACAUCACCUCCUGCACCGCCCCACUGCUCAAUGCGACUGCCUCCUUUGCCAGCGGGCCCAAGUCGGUGACCCGCGACCAGGUCAAGAAGGCGUUUGAUGGACUGUGCGGUUCGAAUAGUGGCUCGGGAUGUGCCCCACACAUGAUGUAUACGAUCCUCAACCAGUUCUCUAGCGCCUGUAAUCUCGAACUCCAGACCGGCGUCGAGGCGGUCCGAAUGGCCUACGAUGUGCUUUACAUCCUGACCCCAUACCGGGUCGCAUUGUGUUCGAAGGACCCGACCACGGGCGAUUACUGUCCAUCGGUUAUCGCUGCCGCUGUCGUCAAUGGCACUGCCUCGCCCGCCAGUGGCAAGUCCGCCAACUCUUCGGCAUCUGACUUUGGCGCGAUGGUCAGCUCGGUCUUUGGGGACAAGCUGGUCACUCAGCUCGGCGGCUCAUCCGGCCCACACCCCUCGCUGCACACCCGAGACACGGUCCCACAGAACUCGAGCGGAUCCAAUCCGAGCCCCGGAACCAGCCAACAACAGGUGUUCAAUCCGAACCCAGACACAUACACGAACACCAACUUGGCCUUCCUCUUCCUGAGCGCCUAUCUGCCCGACGCUGCGCUCUGCAAGCCUUGUACCCAGUCCGUCCUGGCCGCCUACAUCGGCUUCGAGCAGGCCACCCCUCACUUCGGCGGCCUCUCCUCCUCCGGCUACCUCUCCGGUCAGCUCAAGCUUUGGCAGGCCGUCAGCGCCCGCUGCGGGGCCCCCUUCAUCGAGGCUAUCAACCAGGAGGCCGGGAUCAUGUCCAUCCUCACGACCUCCGCCGCCGCCGCUUUCAACCUCCUCCUCAAGAACUCUUCCUCCUUCGCUCUCGCCGCUCUUCUAUUCAUCUCUAUCAAAUCCCUCAACCUCUUUUAACAUCCUUCCUCACAUCGUCACUCAAAAUUCAUACGAACCCAUUGCUGUUUUUUUACGCUUAAUCUCACGAUCUACAUUCCUUUUGUUUUUUGUUCUCACGACUUGUUCUGGGUUCGUGUAUAUCUUUAUCUCCCAUCCACCCCUCCCACUCCCUUUGUUAUUCCCGAGUCUAUCCAAUAGAUUCUGCUGUUAUCCUCCCUCCCUUGUCCACACCCUUUUUGCUCUUUUCUCUUUCUCUUUUUUCUUGUUUGGGUUUUAUGACAUCCCACCAUCGUUCAUCUUUUUUUUUUGGUUGUUCUUCUUUCCCGG